AUGGAAAACUCUCCAUUCUUCACGGCUUCCCCUUCCCUCCCCCCUCCUUUGGCUCUCACCUCCCCGAGCCCCGGCCGCCCAUGUCGCUGGAGGGGCCGCACGCCGCGGCAGGGGGAGGUCAGCGUCGACAAGAGCCUAUUCUGUUUCCAGCCCGACUCCGGCGCCACCUCCUCCGGCGUCUUCGCCGGCGACGACCCUCUCAAGUUCUACUUCCCGCUCCUCCUCUACCAUGUCUGCAUCGUCUUCGCCCUCUCCCGCGCCAUCCACGCCGUGCUCCGCCGCGCCAGCGUCCCCCUCGUCAUCUCCCAGAUCCUCGCCGGCGCGUUGCUCGGACCGUCGUUCCUCGGCCGGGUGCUCCCGCAAGUCGGCCAGCUCUUCGCGACGCCGGAAGGGUGGGUGCAGAUCAACACGGUCGGGGGCUACGCCUUCAUGCUCCAGAUCUUCGUCAUAGGCGUCAAGACGGACCUCGGCAUGAUCGCCAAGUCCGGCAAGAAGGCCAUCGCCAUCGCCGUCUUCGGCACCGCCGCGCCGCACAUCGCCAUGUACACUGCCGGCGUCGCGCUCAGCGCGCGCGUGCCGACGGCCUGGACGCGGUCGUUAAUGCUCACCAGCCUCAACUCGUGGUGGUCUCUCUCGGCCUUCAUCGUCGUCUGCUGCACGCUGGACGACCUCAACCUCCUCUCCUCCAAGCUCGGCCGCCUCGCCAUGUCCUCCGCGCUCAUCGGCGACUUCGCCAACACCUUCAGCAUCGCCGGCGUCACCUCCUAUGUCCUCGCGUCCAGCCCCUCGGAGAAGAUUCAGCGGAUAGGCCUCGCGUCCCUCAUCGCCUUCACCGUCUUCAUCGGGUUCAUGGCGUUCGUGGCGCGGCCGGUCGUCCUGCGGCUGAUGCGCGACGUGCCGGAGGGCGCGCUCCUCUCCGAGGCGCGCCUCGUGGCCGUGCUGCUCAUCACCAUCACAUGCAGCUUCGCCGGCGAGAUCCUCGGCCUUCACGCGACGUACGGUCCCUUCAUGCUGGGGCUCAUGCUCCCCGGCGGCGCUCCGCUCGGGGUCACCAUGGCGGAGCGGCUGGACCGCCUGGUCGCCGGGGUGCUCAUGCCACUGCUGUUCGCGCAGGGAGGCAUGAGGUUGGACAUCUACAAGAUGACGGACGCUUCUACGUGCCUCCUCCUCGAGGUGUUCCUGGUCGUCGGCGUCCUCGCCAAGUUCGUCGCGUGCAUGCUGCCAUGCUUGUACUGCCGGAGGCCGCUCCGGGAAGCCUUCAUCGUCGGCCUCAUGAUGAACUUCAAGGGCAUCACCGAGGUCGUCUACGCCUCGGCAUUCAUGGAUGCCAAGAUGUUUGAUGACCAAGUGUACGCGACGUUCAUGAUCAACGUGCUGGUGCUGGGUGCGACGACGGCGUCGGUGGUGAAGUACAUGUACCACCCGGAGGAGAAGUACGUGGCGUACCGGCGGCGCACGGUGCAGCACAAGAAGCUGGGAGAGGAGCUGCGGGUGCUAGCGUGCGUGCACUCGCAGGUGGACGUGGCCCCGAUGCUGGCGCUGCUCGACGCUUCCAGCCCGACGCCGGUGUCACCGAUCGCCGUGUACCUCCUCCACCUCGCGCCGCUCGCCGGGCUCACCAGCUCCGUGCUCCGCCCGUUCAGGCACGGUGACCGGAACUGCGUGCCCUCGGGGGGCACCGACUCGGCGCGCAUCGUCAACGCGUUCCAGUUCUUCGUGGAACAGCGGCCGCAGGGCUCCUCGUCCCUGCUCCCCUACGUCUGCAUCGCGCCCUACGCCACCAUGCACGACGACGUCUGCACCGUCGCGCUCGACAAGCGCGCCAUGCUCAUCAUCGUGCCAUUCCACAAGCGCCUCGCCAUCGACGGCUCCGUCGAGCCCACAACGGCCAACGCCGGCGCCGUCCAGUCCGCCAACACCAACAUUCUCAACUACUGCCCUUGCUCGGUCGCAAUACUCGUCGACCGGGGCAGCCUCUCCGCCGUGGUCGGCGCGGGCGCCGCGGCCGACGGGUUCCCUCUCCGCGUCGCGCUGUACUUCCUCGGCGGGCCGGACGACCGGGAGGCGCUGGCGCUGGCGACACACAUGGCCGAGGACGCGCCGAUCGGCCUGACCAUCUUCCGGUUCGUGCUGCCGCCGGAGUGGCGCAAGUGCGGCGACGUCGAGGAGGACCGGCUCGACGAGGAGGUGCUGCAGGAGUACAUCCGGCGGUGGGUCGACGACCACCGGCUCGUGUACAGUGAGAACUUGGUCAGCGGUUCCGACGAGAUGGUGGCAGUCAUCCGGAACUCGAGCCCGGCGUUCAACCUGCUUAUGGUCGGCCGGCGAGCGGAGAGCUGCGAGUCGCCGCUUACGGCCGGCAUAUCAGAGUGGAGCGAGCACCUGGAGCUCGGCGUCCUGGGCGAUCUGCUCACGUCGACGGAUUUUGGAUGCCGAGUGUCAACGCUGGUGGUGCAGCAGCAGACCAGCGCUGCCGCCGGAGAAAUCUGCCGGUCGCCAGAAAUGCAUGGACAGCAGCGAUCUGAUGGUCAUGUUUGAAAAACCAUGCAACUUUUAGCUUCUCUAGUUGUAAUCUGUAAUGUGUGUAGCAUCUUGGCAGCUAGAAUGCAAUUGAUAGAACGAAAAUCCAGUUCAGACUACGCAUAGACUGAAC